UGCGGCAAAUCCUUCCUAAACCCUCUCCUCUCCUCCCGCAUUCUCCAGCGAAUUCCCCUCCGUUUGCUGCCGUUGCUUGGUUUUUUUCUCUUGUGAGUUUGAUCGCCAUUGUUGCGUUGCUCGGUUUGUGAGUCUCGAGCAUCAUGGCGGCUCUCAUGCAAGCGAGCAAUGUGGCCGUGGGAUGCGUUGCUGCGCCUCAAGUUGUGAAGGCCGGGGACUCUACGGCCAGAAGGGUGAAGACGGCGGCCGCUUUCAAGUCAGUGAUGGCUGGUGGUCAGUUGAAGACUACGAGAACGGGACUUAGCACUGUGGACAGGACAAGGAGAGUGAGUAUCGUCAGUCAGGCUGUGUCUGUGGAGAAGGAGCUGGAAAUGAACAUUGCGGAUGAUGUUACUCAGUUGAUUGGAAAAACACCUAUGGUUUAUCUCAAUACAGUGGUGGACGGUUGUGUCGCCAACAUUGCGGCCAAGUUGGAGAUCAUGGAGCCUUGCUGCAGUGUCAAGGAUAGGAUUGGAUUCAGCAUGAUCACUGACGCAGAGAGCAAGGGUGCGAUUACUCCAGGAAAGAGCAUCCUUGUGGAGCCGACCAGUGGCAACACCGGCAUUGGCUUGGCUUUCAUCGCUGCUGCCAAAGGGUACAAGCUCAUCCUCACUAUGCCUGCAUCAAUGAGUUUGGAGCGACGUAUUCUAUUGAGGGCCUUCGGCGCGGAACUCAUUCUUACCGACCCAGCCAAGGGAAUGAAAGGCGCUGUUCAGAAGGCGGAAGAAAUUGUGAAGAAAACUCCCAAUUCGUACAUGCUCCAACAAUUUGAGAAUCCAGCUAACCCGAAGGUGCAUUUUGAGACCACCGGGCCAGAGAUCUGGGAAGACACGGCUGGUAAGGUUGAUAUUCUCGUUGCUGGUAUUGGUACUGGCGGAACUGUAACUGGAGCCGGUCGCUUCUUGAAAAGCCAAAACCCUGGUGUGAAAGUUAUUGGAGUUGAGCCAACUGAGAGCAGUGUACUUUCUGGAGGCAAGCCAGGACCUCACAAGAUUCAGGGUAUUGGAGCAGGGUUCAUUCCUGGCAUUCUUGACGUGGAGAUCCUUGACGAAAUUAUCCAGAUUUCCAGCAAUGAUGCUGUGGAAAUGGCUAAGCAACUUGCUUUGAAGGAGGGUUUGCUGGUGGGAAUCUCCUCAGGAGCUGCUACAGCUGCUGCAAUCGAGGUUGCCAAGAGACCAGAAAAUAAGGGCAAAUUAAUUGCUGUGGUUCUUCCUAGCUUUGGGGAGCGGUAUUUGUCUUCAGUUCUGUUUCAAUCCAUCCGGGAAGAAGCCGAGGCGAUGAAGCCAGAGACGUAGUUUAGGUUCAUUAGUUUAGGGGGUCCCUUCCUAUCUGUUACGGUUAUGCUGUUCGGAAAUAAAAAAUCACUGAAGUGUUACUGUCUUGUCAGGAUGAAUA